AUGUUGAGAACCAAUGAGAUUGAACACAAUUGUCUUCAGUCGCAAACCAGGGCUCGGCAGAACGAAGAAGAUGACGGGCUUAUUGCUUAUGACUCCGACGAAGAGGUGGAGGAAGCCUCUAAGGGAGAGAUCGCGUCACGCUCACGCUACCCGAUCACCCUCCUGGUCCCUGAACAGUUCCUGCCAGAAGUGCCCCGCACGCAGCCUACGAUCAAGGGGUUGAUUGGGAUCUGGAAGGAUGAGUUGUCGGAUGCGGCACAAACCACCACGACAUACCAGGAGCUGACGCCGGCUUAUCUGUACAAGAAGCUUUAUGGUCGCAUGCAAGUCACUUUUGAUAAGGCGUCUGAUGCUAACCUUGUGUGGCGUAACCAGGUUGAGCAUAAGUGCAAGAAUGGUGAUUAUGCUACCUUCGACUGGCAGUACCCGGUGGACCCUGCUUUUGCCAGGCAGAAGGCGACGAACCCGGCGGCCAUUGAGCUUUAUUUCAAGGUCGUCCCUGCAGAGAUCUCACCUGCGAUGCUACUUGAAAUGUUGAUGGCGCCGCUCAAGAAGAAGAAGAAGUCGGUGUUCAAGGAGGGUCUCUGUUUCCAUCGUGCGCUCAACUCCGUCACUGGGCUUGACACGGACCGGAUCAAGGGCCUGGCAGCGGGGAAGCAGCACAUGGUCAUCAUCGGGGAUUUGAACGUGGUUGAGGAUCCGAUCCUGGACAGAUCGUCCAAGAUGGGCUCGGCCGGGGAAAACGACAGACUGAUGCAGACCUGCGCAGCACACUGUCUCACUGAUGCUUACCGAUGGAUGAAUCCUGGGGUGCGAGAGUUUACGUUUUUCUCGAGGGCUUCAAAGUCCAGUUCUCGCAUUGACCGCGCGCUUGUUUCAGCAGCGUUGUUGCCGAAGCUCGCCGACGCGUCCCACUGUCGUCCGUUGAAGGGUCUCUCAGACCACUGGUUUGGGGUGAAGAUCGCCCUGAAAGUCCACCUGCAACUUCACGUGGGGCCGGGAAUUUGGAGAUUUAGAGCGUCUGACGCGGGCAAGGCGGGCGCGGCAAAGGUAGUCGCUGUGGUCCGUGACGUGCAUGGCGCGGAAGGCUCGGGAGAUUUCGAGCUGCUGAUGACGCGCAUGAACGCGGCGCUGCGGAGGUUCGCGACGGAGGAGGGGAAGCGGGUGAAAGCGACGCUACGGCAUCUGGUAACGGCGGUAGCGGUUUUGCAGCAAGAAGUGAUGAGGGAGCCGGAAUGUCAGUCUCGGAGAGACGCCUUGACGGAGAAGGAGGCUCAGCUGGCCGCGUAUCUCUCCUCGGAGCAAGAGAGACUCGCGCUCAUGUCAGGGGUAAAGGAGCUGCGCAGUGGGGAAAUGCCUGGGAAGCUCCUAUCUGCGAAAGUCAAGGUGCGGAAGGAAAGGACCAUGAUCCCAUCGCUGAAAUGGAAGGGGACGGAGCACAAGGACAACAAGAGCAUUCUGAGCGCGGCGUCGGAGUUCUACGCGGAUCUUUUCGCCGAGCCCCCGCCGCCGGGGGAGAUGCCGACCUGGCCGAUUGACCCGCGCAAGCGGCUGUGGGAGGAGGACAGGGAGCAGCUGGAUGCGGAAUGGUCGGAGGAUGAAGUCAAACAGGCGCUCAAGGACAUGGCAAACGGCAAGUCCCCGGGUGCGGACGGGAUCCCCAAGGAGUUUUACAGUCGCCACUGGGACCUGCUGGGCGGGGAUCUUCUCGGGUUCGUGCGGAAGUUCGAGGAAACGGCGAUUUUACCGGCAUCUGCGCAGGAGGCAGUCACCAUCCUCCUGCACAAGAAGGGGCCGAGGGACCAAGUUCAGAACUACCGGCCGAUCACGCUUCUGAAUAGCACGUACAAGCUGAUCGCCCGGGUGAUUGCUAACAGAAUGAGGAAGGUGCUGGACAAAGUGAUCUCGGAAGAGCAAUAUGGAUUCUUACCGGGCAGAAGGCUUUCUGACGGCGUUUCGCUUAUCGCUAACGUGGUUGAGGCAGCAAAAAACAAAAAUGAAGAUUGGUACCUCCUGCUUGUGGACUUCCAGAAGGCCUUCGACUCUGUCUCACGUGAUUUCUUGUUCACAACGAUGGAGCGGAUGGGUUUUUCGCGGAGGUUUGUCGGGUGGUGCAGAGGCCUGCACGAGGGUUCAUCUACGAGGCUGCUCCUUAACGGUUGGCUGGGGGAGAGCGUCGCCGUCCGGAAAGGCGUGCGGCAGGGGUGUCCACUUGCGCCGUACUUGUUUCUCUGCGCGGUAGAACCAAUCUGCCAAGAGGCAAAAAGAAGGAAACUGGGGAUCAGUAACCCGUUUGGCGGAAGGCUGGCCUACCUGGGGUACGCGGACGACACGACGUUGGUGCUGGAUGGCAAGCGGCAGAUUGGUCGGGCGGUGAAGCUGCUCGAAGAUUUCGGGGAGAGGUCAGGCCUCCGGGUAAACAUGGAGAAGUCAGCCCUCCUUCCGCUGGGGAGCAACCUGACGAAAAAGGCAGACAAAGACUCAUUAUUUCGCUGGGUAAAGCCAAAUGAAGCGGAGCGACUACUUGGAGUAUGGAUCUCGCCCUCUGGGGACGCGGCCGUAACAUGGGAGAUUACGCUGGAACGGGCAGCUGCGGAGUUCGGGAAGUGGCAGGUCCACUACCUGACCACUACGGCGAGAGUAGUGGUGGUGAACGGCUACGUGAACCCCAUCCUCGCCUUUCAAGCGCAAGUGUAUGCACCUCCCCCGGAGAUCUGGGCGAAGAUCGUGAAGCUGCUCCACAACUUUGUAUCUGGAAACCACGCGACAGCGGGGAAGCAGUUCGCGCUCUGGAGCCAGGAGUUGCUGUUUAAGCCACGGAAGGAGGGAGGUCUGGGCGUCCGAGAUCCCUUCACGGAGCUGGGUGGCUAUGCCGCGAGGCGGGUGGCGCUUCUGAUGUCGCAGCAAGGCGGGUUUCGUGCUGACCUGGCACACACGGCAGCAGACAUUCAGGAUUGUCAAGUCUUCUGGGGGCACAAGGACCAGAUGAAGCAGUGGAAGGGGAAAAGCGACAGAUGGAAGCGCACCUGCGAGCUCUUCCUGGAGUCCAACUUUGCGGAGAGUAUCGCGGCGUCCACGGUCUGGGAGGUGGAGCAGGAGCUGUUGCUGUACAAUCGCUGCCUCCUGCCGAACGGGAAGAAACCUGCGGGGAGGCAAAACGCGGCAAAAGGGCUUGCGCGAUCAACCAUGCGGGACCUGAUAGUUGUUCACCCAGAUGGUUCCAGAACGCUGAAAACUGAGGAGGAAAUGGGAAGAUCCUUCGGGGGAGAUGCAGGAGGGAAGCUGGCAAAGCGGAUUUUCGACGCAGCCCCUGACGAGUGGAAGCAGCUGCUGCUAACACCAAUCACGGCGGAGAAAGUCGUGGAGGUAUCUGGUUUUGUAUUAAAGGCGGGGACCAGCCAUGGCCUCUGGAAGGUGGUCAGUGCAGAUGGCAACUUGCUAGUCUGCCGAGCAUUCCGCUGCGUCUCUGGCGUGCUAGGUGAUGCAGAGGAGCGUUACUGCACGCUGCAUGUUUGGGAGGUGACUCCUGCCGUCAUCAGGGAGGGGCGCUUUCUGGGGCCUGCGGGGAGCCCCAAAGCGAGGUUGCUGUGCUCACCAAUAUGGGAAGGUGGCUGUCCGGCAAAACUCAAACAGCUUCGGAAGGGUUUUGAGAGGCUUGGUGGGAAGCCGGGGCAGCAGACUGCUUGGGAGGAGGUACGGGGCCGCCCGAUCGACUGGCAGAGGGCGAUAAGCGUGCGGGACUCAGAAGCUAUUCCAAACCGGGCGCGUGACGUGCUGCUCCGGAUCCACAGUAGAAACCUGCAAGUAGGAGAGAGGUUGCAUUUUCUCGGAGCGGCGGUCGCUUGCGCGCAUUGUGGGGAAAGGGAAACGCUGGAACACGCACUCUUCCACUGUCCGCGCAUUCAGCCGGUGGUCCGGGCGCUGCUGAGAGCAAUUCGCAUGCUCAAUCCGAGGAGGAAGGUGGAGUCGUUGGGGGAUCUCCUGUUCCAGAAAGCGGGGUCAGGCUCGGGGUUUCCCGAGGCUACCAUCACGUCAAUCGCUCUACAUAGGAUUUGGGUGGAAAGGUGUGAUGUGGUUUUCGAGAGGAGCAAAUUCCGGGCAAGGAGGGUCCUGCGGAGAAUCGCGGCGGCUUUCCAGUUGCAUGUCAAGAUUUACACUCGUGCUAAGGCAGCGAAGCGGAGGCUUGGUGUUUCUCGUGCCAACCUGGACGGGGAUGAGCGCCGAGCCAUGGAUAGAAUCUGGGACACGUCGAUAAAGCCGGCCACGUGGGCGAAAGGUUUCAUGUCCCUGUGGUCGAAUCCGAAGGCUGCUUUCCGUCCUCCGUAG